AUGCCCGACCGCUGUGUGGCGUAUGGGUGUGGCAAGUCUUGGGACGAUGGCGUGACUCUGUACAAUUUCCCCAACAAUGACACAGAGGAGUUUCACAAAUGGGAGAAGCAGGUCCAGCGGACACGCAGCAACUGGACCGCCACGCCGAACUCCCAGCUUUGCUGUGAACACUUCGGGAAGGAGUGUUUUGAAAACAAGCCCUACCCCGUCCUCAAGGCUCUCGCUGCCAAAGGACAGCUGAAGCUGAAGCAUGGGGCGGUCCCCACAGUGUUCAUACGGCCCCCCUGCACCUCCUGUGAUGGCUUAGGCUGCAAUGUGUGCAUCCCCAAAGCCCAGAGACGUGGCGUCCCCGUAGAACCACAGGAGUAUGACACGGUGAGUCUGCGACCGUGAGUGUUGUGUGUCGGUGACCACCUGACAUGGGAAAAAACUGCCCAAUUCUAUACUUUCUUAAACAAGAGGUAGCUAGAUAGAUUUAUAACCUAAGGUUGAUCAUCUGUGAUGGUAAAGACUUAUUUAAGAGCUAAAGCACAGUUCCAUGUUCGCAGAAUAGUUCAAAUCAUACAUGACCCUCUCUCUUACCCAACCUUGUUCCUCUCUCUCAAAGGAGGAUGUUGAGGGGGGCCCUCUGCAGUCGGAUGACACUGACGCAGAGGAUGUCGAUGAAGAUGACGAUGAAGAGGAAGAUGAUGAAGACGAGAUGGAUGAUUCCUUUGGAGAUUACUACUCUGCUCUCACUAUAGAUGACGGACCAGGUGAGGAAAGACUGCAUUUGCCUGUUGCUCUAAAGCUAAUCCGUUAGCCUGUUGAUCAAAAGUUAAUCAGUUAGCCUGUUGAUCUAAAGCUAAUCAGUUAGCCUGUUGAUCUAAAGCUAAUCAGUUAGCCUGUUGAUCUAAAGCUAAUCAGUUAGCCUGCUGAUCUAAAGCUAAUCAGUUAGCCUGUUGUAUCUAGACCUGGCCGUGUGGUGCCAGGAUAACAACCUCUCCCUCAACGUGCUCAAGACAAAGGAGAUGAUUGUGGACUACAGGAAAUAAAAGAGGACUGAGCACGCCCCCAUUCUCAUCGACGGGGCUGUAGUGGAACAGGUUGAGAGCUUCAAGUUCCUUGGUGUCCACAUCACCAACAAACUAUCAUGGUCUAAACACACCAAGACAGUUGUGAAGAGGGUACGACAAAGCCUAUUCCCCCUCAGGAGACUGAAAAGAUUUGGCAUGGGUCCUCAGAUCCUUAAAACGUUCUACAGCUGCACCAUCGAGAGCAUCCUGACUGGUUGCAUCACUGCCUGGUAUGGCAACUGCUCGGCCUCCGACCGCAAGGCACUACAGAGGGUAGUGCGUACGGCCCAGCACAUCACUGGGGCCAAGCUUCCUGCCAUCCAGGACCUCUAUACCAGGCAUUGUCAGAGGAAGGCCCGAAAGAUUAUCAAAGACUCCAGCCACCCUAGUCAUAGACUGUUCUCUCUGCUACCGCAUGGCAAGCGGUACCGGAGCGCCAAGUCUAGGUCCAAACGGCUUCUUAACAGCUUCUACCCCCAAGCCAUAAGACUCCUGAACAGCAAAUCAUGGCUACCCGGACUAUUUGCAUUGCCCCCCCCCCACCCCAACUCCCUCUUUUACGCUGCUGCUACUCUGUUUAUUGUACAUAUUACCUCAAUUACCUCGACUAACUGGUGCCCCCGCACAUUGACUCUGUACCGGUACCCCCUGUAAUAACCUCCCUACUGUUAUUUUAUUUUACUGCUGCUCUUUAAUUAUUUGCUCUUUUUAUUUUUUCUUAAACUGCGUUGUUGGUUAUGGGCUUGUAAGUAAGCAUUUCACUGUAAUGUCUACACCUGUUGUAUUCGGCACAUGUGGCAAAUCAAAUUUGAAUUGAUUUGUUGAUCUAAAGUUAAUCAGUUAGCUUGCUGAUAUAAUGUUAAUCAGUUAGCUGCUGAUCUAAAGUUCCAGGCAAGGCUACUCAUCAUGGAUCACCAAAACCACAGAUCCAGUCUGUAACAUAUUCUCAUCCUCUUCCCUCCACAGUGGUGUGUGAGAUGUGUGGCUUCAGUGGGACCAGAGACACCUUCUAUUCCAAGACCAAGCGUUUCUGCAGCGUCUCCUGCUCCAGAGCCUACUCCUCCAACUGCAAGAAGUCCUCUAUCCUGGCACGGCUUCAGGUGAGAGAGAAUGUCUUUCUGUGUGUUACAGGUGGUGAGGCUAGAUGUUUAUAGACUUUAUACUGUAUAGCCUUUAUAAAGCCUUUCAUAUAGCAUCACCCUUGUCUUCACUCAUUGUUUUAUUUUCUCCAGGGAAAGCCUCCCACCAAGAAGGCCAAGGUGCUGACUAAAACGGCAUGGUCCACCCAGAUGGGGAACAUGAUCGCCUCUCUGGGCAGCAGUCAGGACAACCGCUCCAGCUCUACAGCACAGGACGGUGAGACCACUUGGAGGGCUUUUCCAUUGCUGGGUUAGUGGAAAAGCCACAUUAUAGACAGACACAUACAAACUUUUAAUUUGGCUCUAUUCUUCAGCGUUUUGGAUUUGAGAUUAAAUGUUUCAUUUGAGGCGACAGUACAGAAUGUCACCUUUUAUUUGAGGGUAUUGUCAUAUCUGUUUUGCGGUUUAGAAAUGAAAACACUUUAUGUAUCUAGUCUCCCCAUUUGAAGGUGUCAUAAGUAUUUUGACAAAUUCACUUAUAAAGUGGGGAAAAAAGUAUUUAGUCAGCCACCAAUUGUGCAAGUUCUCCCACUUAAAAAGAUGAGAGGCCUGUAAUUUUCAUCAUAGGUACACGUCAACUAUGACAGACAAAAUGAGAAAAAAUAAUCCAGAAAAUCACAUUGUAGGAUUUGUAAUUAAUUUAUUUGCAAAUUAUGGUGGAAAAUAAGUAUUUGGUCAAUAACAAAAGUUUCUCAAUACUUUGUUAUAUACCCUUUGUUGGCAAUGACACAGGUCAAACGUUUUCUGUAAGUCUUCACAAGGUUUUCACACACUGUUGCUGGUAUUUUGGCCCAUUCCUCCAUGCAGAUCUCCUCUAGAGCAGUGAUGUUUUGGGGCUGUCGCUGGGCAACAUGGACUUUCAACUCCCUCCAAAGAUUUUCUAUGGGGUUGAGAUCUGGAGACUGGCUAGGCCACUCCAGGACCUUGAAAUGCUUCUUACGAAGCCACUCCUUCGUUGCCCGGGCGGUGUGUUUGGGAUCAUUGUCAUGCUGAAAGACUCAGCCACGUUUCAUCUUCAAUGCCCUUGCUGAUGGAAGGAGGUUUUCACUCAAAAUCUCACGAUACAUGGCCCCAUUCAUUCUUUCCUUUACACGGAUCAGUCGUCCUGGUCCCUUUGCAGAAAAACAGCCCCAAAGCAUGAUGUUUCCACCCCCAUGCUUCACAGUAGGUAUGGUGUUCUUUGGAUGCAACUCAGCAUUCUUUGUCCUCCAAACACGACGAGUUGAGUUUUUACCAAAAAGUUCUAUUUUGGUUUCAUCUGACCAUAUGACAUUCUCCCAAUCCUCUUCUGGAUCAUCCAAAUGCACUCUAGCAAACUUCAGACGGGCCUGGACAUGUACUGGCUGAAGCAGGGGGACACGUCUGGCACUGCAGGAUUUGAGUCCCUGGCGGCGUAGUGUGUUACUGAUGGUAGGCUUUGUUACUUUGGUCCCAGCUCUCUGCAGGUCAUUCACUAGGUCCCCCCGUGUGGUUCUGGGAUUUUUGCUCACCGUUCUUGUGAUCAUUUUGACCCCACGGGGUGAGAUCUUGCGUGGAGCCCCAGAUCGAGGGAGAUUAUCAGUGGUCUUGUAUGUCUUCCAUUUCCUAAUAAUUGCUCCCACAGUUGAUUUCUUCAAACCAAGCUGCUUACCUAUUGCAGAUUCAGUCUUCCCAGCCUGGUGCAGGUCUACAAUUUUGUUUCUGGUGUCCUUUGACAGCUCUUUGGUCUUGGCCAUAGUGGAGUUUGUGUGACUGUUUGAGGUUGUGGACAGGUGUCUUUUAUACUGAUAACAAGUUCAAACAGGUGCCAUUAAUACAGGUAACGAGUGGAGGACAGAGGAGCCUCUUAAAGAAGAAGUUACAGGUCUGUGAGAGCCAGAAAUCUUGCUUGUUUGUAGGUGACCAAAUACUUAUUUUCCACCAUAAUUUGCAAAUAAAUUCAUUAAAAAUCCUACAAUGUGAUUUUCUGGAUUUUUUUCUUCUCAAUUUGUCUGUCAUAGUUGACGUGUACCUAUGAUGAAAAUUACAGGCCUCUCUCAUCUUUUUAAGUGGGAGAACUUGCACAAUUGGUGGCUGACUAAAUACUUUUUUUCCCCAAUGUAGAACAUUAAUGGACAGGAACAGCAACACAAAUUUAAACUAAGAACACUACGACUAAAGAACAAUAUGACUGUUUUUUUUUUUAAAGAAGAAGAGUAAUACAAAGAAUAAUGUGUGGGUGUGUGUUGAGUUUGUGUUGGAGAGUGUGUGUGUCUCUUCACAGUACGCGUUAUUCCUUGAGGUGUUUUAUCUUUUAUUUAAUUUUUUGCUUGCCUGAGUUACCUGAGGUGGAAGAGAAUUCCAUGUAGUCAUUGCUCUACACACUACUGCGCGACUCCCAGCCUCUGUUCUGGACUUGGGGACUGUGAAGAGACCCCUGAUUGCAUGUAUUUUGAGCUGUGUAUUAACUGGCCGAACAGACGAUUCGGUACUUUCAGCACGUCAAUACUUACAAAGAACAGCAGUGAUGCAGUCUAUCUCUCCUCCACUCUGAACCAGGAGAGAAUGACAUGCAUGUUAUUGACAUUGGCUCUUCGUGUGCAUUUGAGGGCCAGACGUGUUGCUCUGUUCUGGGCCAGCUGCAGCUUUUCUAGGUCUUUUUUUGCCGCACCUGACCAUACAACUGGGCAAUAAUCAAGGUGACAACCAGAGCUUGCAGGACUUGUUUGGUUGCAUGUGAUGUUAAAAAAGCAGAGCAUAUGUUUAUCACAGACAAAUCUCUCUCCAUCUUUACAACAAUAUAAUCAAUAUGCUUUGACCAUGACAGUUUACAAUUUAAUAUAACAUCAAUAAGCUUAGUCUAUUCAACUUGCUCAACAGCCACAGUAUUCAGGACCAGAUUCAGCUGAGGUUCAAUGCCUAGAGAGUGAUUUGUACCAAAUACAAUGCUUUUGGUUUUAGAUAUGUUCAGGACUAGUUUAUUCAUAGCCACCCAUUCUAAAACUGACUGCAAAUCUUUGUUUAGGGUUGCAGUGAUUUCACUAGCUAUGGGUGCUGACAAGUUUGGUGUUGAAUCAUCUGCAUACAUAGUAGGGCUGGGAAUUGCCAGGGACCUCAUAAUAUGAUAUUAUCACGAUACUUAGGUGCCGAUACGAUAUGUAUUGCUAUUCUCACGAUUCUAUAUACAGUGGGGAGAACAAGUAUUUAAUACACUGCCGAUUUUGCAGGUUUUCCUAUUUACAAAGCAUGUAGAGGUCUGUAAUUUUUAUCAUAGGUACACUUCAACUGUGAGAGAUGGAAUCUAAAACAAAAAUCCAGAAAAUCACAUUGUAUGAAGUAAUUAAUUUGCAUUUUAUUGCAUGACAUAAGUAUUUGAUACAUCAGAAAAGCAGAACUUAAUAUUUGGUACAGAAACCUUUGUUUGCAAUUACAGAGAUCAUACGUUUCCUGUAGGUCUUGACCAGGUUUGCACACACUGCAGCAGGGAUUUUGGCCCACUCCUCCAUACAGACCUUCUCCAGAUCCUUCAGGUUUCGGGGCUGUCGCUGGGCAAUACGGACUUUCAGCUCCCUCCAAAGAUGUUCUAUUGGGUUCAGGUCUGGAGACUGGCUAGGCCUCUCCAGGACCUUGAGAUGCUUCUUACGGAGCCACUCCUUAGUUGCCAUGGCUGUGUGUUUCGGGUCGUUGUCAUGCUGGAAGACCCAGCCACGACCCAUCUUCAAUGUUCUUACUGAGGGAAGGAGGUUGUUGGCUAAGAUCUCGCGAUACAUGGCCCCAUCCAUCCUCCCCUCAAUACGGUGCAGUCGUCCUGUCCCCUUUGCAGAAAAGCAUCCCCAAAGAAUGAUGUUUCCACCUCCAUGCUUCACGGUUGGGAUGGUGUUCUUGGGGUUGUACUCAUCCUUCUUCUUCCUCCAAACACGGCGAGUGGAGUUUAGACCAAAAAGCUCAAUUUUUGUCUCAUCAGACCACAUGACAUUCUCCCAUUCCUCCUCUGGAUCAUCCAGAUGGUCAUUGGCAAACUUCAGACGGGCCUGGACUUGCGUGCGCUGCAGGAUUUUAAUCCAUGACGGCGUAGUGUGUUACUAAUGGUUUUCUUUGAGACUGUGGUCCCAGCUCUCUUCAGGUCAUUGACCAGGUCCUGCCGUGUAGUUCUGGGCUGAUCCCUCACCUUCCUCAUGAUCAUUGAUGCUCCACGAGGUGAGAUCUUGCAUGGAGCCCCAGACCGAGGGUGAUUGACCGUCAUCUUGAACUUCUUCCAUUUUCUAAACGAAAACUAACAGUCUUGAGAGCCGGCUAUUGUCCUGUACCCAUCAGCCUUGUGCAGGUUAUCAAAUUAUUGUAUCAUGCAUCCUAAUAAUCACUGUGAGCUCAUUGCCAGAUGGUAGAUUUCUGGAUUUUUGUUUUAGAUCCGACUCUCACAGUUGAAGGGUACCUAUGAUAAAAAUUACAGACCUCUACAUGCUUUGUAAGUAGAAAACCUGCAAAAUCGGCAGUGUAUAAAAUACUUGUUCUCCCCACUGUAUAUUGCGAUAUGAUAAUGAGUUUAAUGCGAUUCGAUGUUCCAAACAUAUUUCUCACCAUAUGUCUGCUGCAGAGGGACAAGUGAGAGCCAUGAGAAAAUUCGUUUUGAUCUGUCAUGGAAGUUAAAGUGCUGAAAACCAAUGGGAUCCCUAUUUAUAAAGAUAAUGGAGAACAAGCUAUGAAGAAAAAUACUGGAGUUUUGGUGCAGGUACAGCAAACUAGCGCAAAAAUAAUAUUGUGGUACUGUCAAAACGAUACGAUAUAUCAUCAAAAAUAAUAUCCCGAUAUGUAACGCUCCCCCCCCCCCCCCCCAUCACUAGUACAUAAACACACAGGCAUUGUUUAACGCUAGUGGUAGAUCAUUAGUAACAAUAGAGACUGUAUUGUAGAGGGCCAAGACGGCUCCCUUGUGGAAUACCACACUUUACAUGUUUUACAUUAGAGAGGCUUCCAUGAAAGAAAACCCUCUGUUCUAUUAGAUAGAUAGCUCUCUAUCCAUGGAGAUUAUGUAAAGCCAUAACAUACAUUUUCUCAAUAAUAAAUUAUGGUCAAUAAUAUCAAAGGCUGCACUGAAAUCUAACAAAUAGCUCCCACAAUCUUCUUAUUAUACAUUUCUUUCUGCCAAUCAUCAGUCAUUUGUGUCAGUGCAGUACAUGGUGAGUGUCCUUCCCUAUAAGCGUGCCGAAAGUCAGUUGUUAAAUUGUUCACAGAGAAAUAGCAUAGUAUCUGGUCAAACAUGCAUAAAUAUCAUACCCCUUAAAAAUGCUAACCUCCCCUGUUAUUGGUAAUGGUGAGGGGUUAGCAUGUUCUGGGGGUAUGAUAUGUAUGCCUCUGUAACUUUCUCACUCAUAAUUAUUCACGUUUCAUUCAUGAUUACCCGUAAUCAUGGUAGCAUCCACAUUUUAUGUAGAAGUGUUCAGAAACAUAUUCUAUUCUUAUUUACAAUAAAAGUGACUCCAAAAUGACACAAUACAUAUUUGACCAUUAAUUUCUAUUGGGCACAACAUAAUCUCAAACACAACCAAAACAAACUGCAAAUGCAUCCAACAAGUUUGUAGAGUCACAAGCUUGAUGGAGCCAUUGCGUGCUAGGAAUAUGGCAACAAAUACUAAACUUCUGACUACUUUCGUACACUAUAAGUGAAUUUGUCCAAAUACAGAUGACACCUUUAAAUGGGGGGACUAGAUACAUAAAGUGCUUUCGUUUCAAAACAGUAAAACAUAUGUAUGAAAAUACCUUCAAAUAAAAAGUGACAUUCUGUACUGUCACCUCAUAAAACAUUUAAUAUCAAGUCGAGUAUAGGGCCAAAUUAAGUGUACAUAGACAAUAUGAGCUAAAACAUCACACCAGUGCAGCCAGGAAGGAAAAUCCUCUCAAUCUUUUUAUGUAAGUUACAAGAAGGGAACAUUUAGUUCCUUUCUGAGACCUGUGUUAGUUCUCCCUUUUCCCCUUGUGAUAUAGCUGCAGCAACAGGAAACUUUGACUGGGGUGCUUACCUGGAGAAGGCAGGCUCUCUUGCUGCUUCAGUGGCCUGCUUCAGACAUGUACGUCUUCAUUUGCACUUGUUACAAUACUAUCCUAUUCCAUUUUAAAGUUGCGUAGCAAUAAAACGUUUACUUUAUUCGACUGGUGAACCAACGUUGCCUCUGUUCCCCUCCAUUCCACCCCUGCAGGCACCGCUCUGUGCCCAGUGGGAUGACAUCACAGUUGGGUUAAAGGUAGAGGUCCUGAACACUAGUGCCAUCCUGCCCAGUAAAGUCUAUUGGAUCGCCAGCAUCAUCCAACUUGCAGGUCAGCCAAAUACACUGAAACUGACUGAUGGCACAUCUAAAAAUGGCACCAUAUUCCCUAUACACUACUUUUGAGUACACUAUACAGGGAAUAAGGUUCCAUUUAGGAGGCAUCCUGAGACCUCAAACCUGAUUUAUUGGCAUGUACUGUAUGUUAGUUUACCUUUUCCUCCCUCUGUUUUCCAGGCUACAAAGCUCGGUUGAGGUACGAGGGUUUUGAGGAGGACGGCAGCCAGGACUUCUGGUGCAGCCUGGGCUCUGGAGACAUGUACCCCAUCGGAUGGUGUGCCAUGACCGGCAAGCUGCUGGUGCCACCACAG